AUGUCGCCCUCUCCGCUCCGCAGUAGAAGCCGGCUUCUCGCCAUAGGCGCAGUCGUUUUGCUCUGCACGCUCUUCUUCUACAUGCGUCAGAGUUCGUUGUUCGCUCUGCUCUCAGCAGCGCCUGCUGUUGAGUCGAAGCUGAAAUGGUAUCCUCCUAGUGAUAACCAGAUCAAUUCCCUGACUUCGGCUAUUAAUGGUGAGGGUACUUAUGGGUUUAUUUUUGACAGCUCAGAAACACCUGAUGAGAAGUAUGGGACGUAUAAUUGGUGUAACAUGCCUCAUGCGAGGAAGAGGGAGUAUAAGAAGCCGGCCAAAGAGUAUGAGCUUCAGUAUGUUGAAGUGAUUCAACGACAUCAUAAACGCACUCCUUAUGCCAGUAACGCGUUUCCUGUAGAGCCAUACCAAUGGAACUGCGAUAACCAAGGCCUAUUCUACUUCGGCAGACAAUUCACCGACGAGCCCAAACCCAACGCCCAAGGAUACUGGAAGGGUUUUAUUUCCGACAUCAACCCAUUCAUUCCCUCCGGAUGGAUCGGAUCCUGCCAAUUUCCCCAGAUCACAGCCGAGGGUCUCGAUGAUUCAUGGGUCCACGGAAAAGAUCUCUACGAAGUCUAUCACGAUCUUCUCAACUUCAUCCCCGGUCGUAAAGAAGACUGGCGAAGUAAAGUCAAGUUCAGAGUCACCAACAACCAGAUCACGAGUCAGGUUGCGGGCAUGUUUAUCAACGGCAUGUAUCAGACAACCGACUCAGUCCCUUUGCAUAUUCAACAAGCGGGCGUGGACAGUCUCGAGCCACAGUACAAGUGCAGCGUUGGAAGCAAACUCACCAGCGCUAUCAAGUCUUCUUCAAAUGCCGACUGGAAGAAGCAUCUUGACAAGACAAGGGGUCUCUACCAGACUCUUGACGAUAUUUCUGGCGUUCCAUCAAAUGAUGAAGGUUUCCAUGAGAGUUUCGAUCAUUACUACGACAACCUCUCCGCUCGACAAUGCCACAGCAAGCCCUUCCCGUGCAAACUUGUGAACGGAAAGAACUCAACAACCUGUGUUGAUCAGACGCUUGCCAAUACAGUCUACAGACUCGGACAAUGGGAAUACUCCCAAAUGUACCGCGACGCACCAUCUUCCCUUGCCGCAUCAGCGACAUCAUGGGGCGUAUGGAUCGCCGAACUAGCAAGUCACUUUCGCGCCGUCAUGUCCGGCAAACAAGACAUUCUCUACCUGCACAACUUUGCGCACGAUGGAUCUGUUAGUCGUCUUUUGAGUAUUCUUCAGAUCGACGUCAUGGUCUGGCCAGGUAUGGGCAGCGAAGUCGUGUUUGAACUCUACAAGAAAGGUGAAGAAUAUUUUGUCCGAGUGUUAUUCAGUGGAAAGACGCUUAAAUCGUCACAUCCAGAUUUGGGAAUUAUGGAAAUGGUGCCCGUUCAGAAACUGUUGGCGUAUUUUGAUGAGUUGACGGGUAAAGACGCUAGUCUCGUCAAGGGACGUUGUUCGGGGGAGAUUCCUCUGUAG